GCGUCCGGCAACACUGGCUGUUGCUGCCUUGGGAGGUAUCGGCAGCGCGUCGGGUCGCUUGCCCUGGCUCCGCUCGGGUGCCCCACUGAACAUUCACCUGCCGCUCGAGGACAGCCUGUCCGAGAUCGCGCGUCCGAUCUGCCGCACGCAAGGUCGGCUCGCAUGCUCGGGGCCUGAAUUCCGCCGAACGCCAUCCAUGGCCUACCAAGAGCCAACAACGCGGAACCUCAAUGGCGGUGCGUCCAACGGUGUUUCGAGCAGCCUACUGACGCAGCCGUCGUCCUACCUGUCGGGCGGCGGCUACGCGGCACCGCUGUCAGUGAACCGCGCUCCCGCCGAUGCUCAGUCGUCGCUCAGCAACGGGCCGUCGUCCGCGGCUGCCGUAGACUCGCGCUUCCCAGCCACCCAUCCGCUGAGCGGCUCCAAGCACCUCUGCUCCAUCUGCGGCGAUCGGGCAUCUGGCAAGCACUACGGCGUCUACAGCUGCGAAGGCUGCAAGGGCUUCUUCAAGCGCACCGUGCGCAAGGACCUCACUUACGCCUGUCGAGAGGAACGGCGCUGCGUGGUGGACAAGAGGCAGCGCAACCGCUGCCAGUACUGCCGUUACCAGAAAUGCCUCGCGUGCGGCAUGAAGCGCGAGGCCGUCCAGGAGGAGCGGCAGCGGGCCAAGGACCGCAACGACAACGAGGUUGAAAGCACCAGCGGUGGCGGCAGCGUCUGCAUUGGCGGCGCAGGGCCCGGCUCUCCGGAUAUGCCGCUGGACCGCAUCCUCGAAGCCGAGAUGCGAGUCGACCAGCCGGCGCCGUCUGUGCCGUCCGCCGACGCGUCGAGCCGCGAUCCCGUCAACAGUAUGUGUCAGGCGGCCGACCGGCAGCUUCACGAGCUGGUGCAGUGGGCCCGACGGAUUCCGCACUUCGAGGAGCUACCCGUCGAAGAUCGCACGGCCCUGCUAAAGGCCGGCUGGAACGAGCUGCUUAUCGCCGCCUUCUCUCACCGCUCCAUGAACGCGCGCGACGGCAUAGUUCUCGCCACGGGCCUGGUAGUGCAGCGGCACAGCGCGCACAGCGCUGGCGUGGGCGACAUCUUCGACCGUGUGCUGGCCGAGCUUGUCGCCAAGAUGCGUGAUAUGAAGAUGGACAAGACCGAACUGGGCUGCCUGCGCGCCGUGGUGCUCUUCAAUCCGGACGCCAAGGGAUUGAAGAGCACGGAGAGAGUCGAAACGCUCCGUGAGAAGGUGUACGCUGCCCUCGAGGAGCAUUGCAAGCGCCACCAUCCGGACCAGCCGGGCCGCUUUGGUAAGCUUCUACUGCGGCUGCCCGCCUUGCGCAGCAUCGGCCUCAAGUGCCUCGAGCACCUGUUCUUCUUCAAGCUCAUCGGAGACACUCCCAUCGAUGUUUUUCUGCAAAACGUGCUCCAGACACCCCCCAAUCCCUAGCCGUCAAUCUUGAAAGGGCUGCUGCAGUCGUAAAGUUUGCGACUGCAACAUCGCGAUUGAUACGUUACACAUCUGCAAUUUCACCAUUUCAGUUGUGA